AUGGAUUCUUCUCCGUCAAGGAGCUCGCUGGCUCCAGCGGCUGGCGUCAAGCGUCCGGCCUCCCUGUUGCCUGCCUUUGAGCCCUUGUCCUCGUCGCCCUCUCUUCCGAGGCCCCAAAAGCGUGUUGCACGCGAACCCGCCGUGUCGACAUAUCCUACCCCUGUCCCGACCUCCUCCACACAUAUUAUGUCCUCUUCGCCGCCCGGUAUCGCUGCCUCUCGCGCGUCGGCGCGUCGUACCUUCUCUGCCGUAUCCGAGCGAACUCCCCUGUUGGCCGUGCCUACACUCAUGCUGCCCGAGAACGGUGAGCCCCUGCUCAUGGGUCGAUCCAGUGCUUCGUGCCAACAUCAGCUGGCUGCCAGCCGCAUGAUUUCUCGCGUUCAUGUGAAGGCAACCUACAAGCCGGCACCGAACCCCUUCGACCGGGAUAGGGUUGAGAUCAUGUGCAUGGGAUGGAAUGGGAUCAAGAUUCACUGCCAGGGCAAGAAGUAUGACCUGGCUAAGGGGAAGACAUUCACGUCAGAUAUCAAGGAUGCGGACAUUAUGAUUGACGUGCAUGAGGCUCGUGUUUUGGUCCAAUGGCCUCGCACUGAGAAUGAUAGGAAGGAUUGUCCGUCCACAGACUCCGAACAGACUUGCGAUGAAGCGACUCCUACCCAGAAGCGAGCUAUGAGAGCCCUGCAGGAGAGUCCAUUUGCUGAAAACCAGCGUCUGGCUUCCCCCGUCUCGCCGUCGCCUGCCGUGGAGCGUGCUAUCCCGCCAUCCUCCCCAAUCUUUACCCCCUCCCGUGUCCGUGCUGCUGUUGUGGUAUAUGAGGAUGAAGGCUCUCCUUUGAAACGCCAUAAUACCGUUGGUGGCAUUACUUCCCAGAGUGCUCGCCGUGCUGCUGCCCUUCUCCAGAGCUCUCAAUCUAGCGACCUCAGUAGACCCGAGGACGAGUCCGAUAAUGACGAGGAAAACGACCCUAUCAUCCACUCUUUCGGCCCCUUCGGUGAAAAUUUGCUUCCUCGUAUGGCUUCUUUCCAUGCAGGUGACUCGCCUGUCCCCUCGCCGCGCCUGCUGCCUGCCCAGCCCCUUCAGCCCACACGGUCUCCCCGACAGCCUUCCAGAAUCCAGGAUGAAAACGAGGACGAUGAUCAUACCCCAACAAAGGUUCGGUCUCAGCCCGAAGACGAAAGCUUCGACCGAGUCCGCAACCAUGCUGUGAACCAGCUUGCUUUCUCUCGUCUGUCUUCGACCCCAUUCUCCACCAUCCUCAACAAUCUUCCCCCUUCGUUCUGGAAAUCGAACCCACACAACCACUCUGGCCCAGCCCGGGCUGAAAUCCGCUAUAUCCUCGAAAACACAAAGUGUAUCGGGAAGGUUGCGCGUGAAGGUAAAGAUGCUGCGGGCAAGCCUCUCGAGAGCGAGUACUACUACAUCCCGGACUUUGACGACGAUGAGAUGCGUCGUGAGACGGUCGUGAAUAACCUGAGGAAGCCCGGUCUGCGUAACUGCCGCAAGCAACACAAGCAAUACUUCUGGCGCAAGCCGAAAUAA